ACAAGUUAUGGUAAAAUGAUGAGGGAGACUUAUGGACAAGAUAAGCAAAAGUAAUCUUGCCUUUGUCAUAUAUCUUGAAUCAAUUCUGUUUCUUGGGUUUCUGCAGCAGACUGGAAGCAUCAAAAGUUUCAUGAUUUUGGAGUCUCUUUGAUUGAUGGAGAGUGUUUGUGAAGAUAAUACAAUGGGAUCCCCACAUGAUGGGAAAGAUAUGAUCUUUGUAGCACUUGGGAAUGUUAUGGAGGAAAACACAUCUACUUUGCUUUGGGCACUGAAACACUUUCGGAGGAAGAACUUGUGCAUUCUUCAUGUUCACCAGCCAGCUCAAGAGAUCCGUGUCUUGGGUGCAAAAGUUAGAGUAGGGGAACUAGAUGAGCAUCAAGUCAGGGCACACAGAGAAAAGGAAAAGAAAGAAAUGGAUGCUGUUCUAAAUGAUUACCUUGACAUUUGUCUCUAUGCUGGGGUACGUGCGGAGACAGUAAACAUUGAAAUGGAAAAUAUUGAAAGAGGGAUUGUAAAGCUCAUUGCUCACCAUGGGAUUAUAAAACUAGUCAUGGGUGCAGCAUCAGACAAGCAUUAUUCAAAGAGAAUGGAAAAGCUUCAGUCCGAGAAAGCAAUCUUUGUCCACGAUAACGCCCCAAUUUCCUGCCAUAUAUGGUUUGUUUGCAAGGGGCGUCUUAUUGUCACAAGGGAAGGUGUUUCAGAGAAUUCUACCAUACAGGCUCGAUCAUCCCUGGAUACACACCUUUCUAAAUCAUUCAGCCAUGGUGGUGGGAGGCCUAGAAGUCCUGUUCAAAACCCAUUCCGACGAGCUAUAUCUUCCAAAAGUGACAUUACUACUACUGAAGGAAUCAAACCAUCUUCCCAGGCAUCAAAAGUUCUUACAAAAUCACAGCGCAGCCAAAGUAGUUCAGACUGUUCAUCACCACUUUCAAUUGACAGUUCAAGGGGAAUUUUAAGGGAUGAGAUGAAUGAUGACGAGACAGUGGCAUCUUCACGUUGUGAAUCUAUCGAUGAGAUGGAGCUUUUACUGCGGGACCAAGUCAUAGAAGAACUCUGGAUUGCCAAAGACCAGAGGGUAAAGGUGGAGAGCCAAAUUGCUAAUUUAGAUCGAAUGGAGACAGAGUUGGUUGAGAUGAAGGUCUUGUCUGCUGCUCAACAGUUGGUAGCUAUCCAAAAAGAAGUAGAUGAAUUACAGCUAAGGAAAAUAAGAGAGGAAGAGUUUUCCCCUAAGUUCUUCUCGGUAUUCUCUGCCUUAGAUAUUGAGUCAGCCACUCUGAGCUUCAGCCCAUCAAUGAAGAUUGGAGAAGGGACAUUUGGGAAUGUCUACAAAGGACUCCUUCGUAAAACCCUUAUGGCUAUAAAGAGGUUUCACUUUCAUAGUUUGGAAGGGCAAAGCAGCUCAGAUUUCCAGCAGGAGGUGGAUGUAUUGAGCAAGGUAAGGCAUCCAAACCUUGUGACUCUCAUUGGAGCCUGCCCUGAAGCCUCUUCACUUAUCUUUGAAUACCUCCCUAAUGGUAGCCUUGAGGACCGACUCACCUGUAAGGAUGGCACUCCCCCUCUCUCAUGGAAAACUCGAAUUCGUAUAGCCCAGGAUAUCUGUUCAGCCCUCAUCUUCCUUCACUCCAAUAAACCUGACGCCAUAGUUCACGGAGAUCUCAAACCAUCCAACAUCCUUCUGGAUGUAAAUUUUGUAAGCAAACUUGUUGAUUUUGGUAUUGCUAGCUUUAUCUCUCGUGACGAUGACUCAAAUAACACAACCACAAUGUGCUGCACAGCUGACCCAAAGGGAACAUUAGCCUAUAUAGACCUCGAGUUCUUAACAACUGGAGAGCUAACACCAAAGGUGGAUGUGUAUUCAUUUGGAGUAGUAGUUUUACAGCUUUUGACUGGGAGACCAGCCAUGUGGUUAGCAAAGAAAGUGCAAUUAGCAAUGGAUGAGGGAACUUUGAAUGCCAUGUUAGAUGCAUUAGCAGGUGAUUGGCCUUUGGUUCAGGCAAAGCAGCUGGCUCAAAUGGCAUUGAGGUGCUAUGAGAUAAACAGAAAGAAUCGGCCAAACCUUGAGUUAGAGGUGUGGAAGCUGCUAAGCUUAUUAGAGAUUCAAAUUUAA